AUGGACGACGAGUUUGAUGAGAUCAACGAUUUCUUCGGUAACGACUUGUCUGAUAACGAGCCGGAUGAAGACGGCGCAGAACCUACAAGUGAUCAAGUGUUAAAUAACCUCUUGGAAAAAGAAAAUCAAGAAGUUGUGAAAAAGCGUGCGAAAGCCCGACCACAGCCAAAACUAAACGAGGCCACCCUUACAGGCCCGAAGGGAGUCCCGGCCCUCCUGGAGUCUUUCAAGAGCUUCAAACCGAACACUAAGAAGGACCCGUAUGAGAAUCUCGCUGUGAUGAUGAAAAAAUACCAACACUGGGCUCAUGUAAUGUUUCCCAAGCUGAAAUUCGAGGAUGUCAUCAGCAAAUGUGAAGCUCUGGGCGAUAAACGAGCUAUUAAGGUUUACAUGAUGAAAUCUCGACUUGGAAUGCCUCUCACCGACGAGGACUUUGCACCAAUUCGACGACAAAAAGGCGAUGAUGCCAAACCUCAUGAAGGAAGACAUGCUGAGAAGUCGUCAUCAACUUCAGCAACAACGCCACUUGCACAUGGUGACACCCCUAAUGAUGCUGAAAUUGAUUUGAUGGAAUCAGCGGAGUUAGCUCGAAGGAAAGCCAUGGAGGAAGAGCAAAGGCGACGUGAAGAGGAAGAGUUGGCGUUGGCUGAUGAAAUCAUGGACGAUUUUGAUAUGUAUUAG